AUCAUCGUUUGUUCUCUCUCUCCCUCCCUCUCCUCUCUCUCUCUCUCUCUCUCUCUUCCCCUCUCUCUCUGACUCUCUCCCUCUCUCUGAUUCUCUCUCCUCUCUCUCUCUCUCUCUGACUCUCUCCCUCUCUCCGACUCUCUCCCCUCUCUCUCUCUCUGUACACAGAAGUGACAAUGAUGAGUGGAAAUCUAGCAAAGAUCGAUACAAGAACGAAAAGAGAUGAUGAGGAGAUCUGUCACGACGACAGUGCCACGCCAGUGAAAGCGCAGACCAUCGACGAGUUACAUUCGCUUCAGAUGAAGAAAUCAGCUCCUUCUACUCCAAUCAAAGGUGGUGGUGCAGGUAGCGCAAGAUCUUCAUUCGAUUCUGCAGUCUCUGAUCAAGACCACCGAAAUAAACAGCAACUCCAGUCCAUCAGUGCAUCACUGGCAUCAUUGACAAGAGAGACCGGGCCGAAGGUGGUGAAAGGGGAUCCAGCAUCAACCAGGAAAGCUGCAGAAACUCCGAAACUAUCCUCUCAUCAUGCUACUGCUACUGCUACUCCUACUCCUAAUAUCAGUGAUAGUUCCCUCAAAUUCACUCACAUCCUCUACAAUCUCUCCCCGGCAGAGCUUUACGAGCAAGCUAUCAAGUAUGAGAAAGGGUCAUUCAUAACUUCAAGCGGAGCUCUAGCCACGCUUUCUGGUGCAAAAACAGGGCGAUCUCCCAGAGACAAACGUGUCGUUAAAGAUGAGUCCACCGCGAAGGAGCUCUGGUGGGGAAAGGGAUCACCCAAUAUUGAGAUGGAUGAGCAGACAUUCUUGGUCAACAGAGAACGAGCUGUUGAUUACUUGUGCUCUUUGGACAAGGUUUUUGUAAACGACCAGUACCUUAAUUGGGAUCCAAAUCACCGUAUCAAAGUCCGUAUUGUAUCUGCCAGAGCUUACCAUUCCUUAUUCAUGCAUAACAUGUGUAUCCGACCAACACCUGAAGAAUUGGAAGAUUUUGGCACCCCAGACUUUACAAUUUACAACUCUGGACAAUUCCCAUGUAACCGAUAUACUCACUACAUGACCUCGUCUACUAGUAUAGAUAUUAAUCUUGCUAGAAGAGAAAUGGUCAUUCUCGGGACUCAAUAUGCUGGGGAAAUGAAAAAAGGCUUGUUCAGCCUAAUGCACUAUCUCAUGCCUAAGCGUCAAAUUUUGUCUCUGCAUUCUGGUUGCAAUAUGGGAAAAGAUGGCGAUGUAGCCCUCUUCUUCGGGCUAUCAGGUACCGGCAAAACUACAUUAUCCACGGAUCAUAAUAGGUACUUGAUUGGAGACGAUGAGCAUUGCUGGAGUGAGAAUGGUGUGUCAAAUAUUGAGGGAGGAUGCUAUGCAAAGUGCAUUGACCUUGUGAGGGAGAAAGAGCCUGAUAUCUGGAACGCCAUCAAGUUUGGAACAGUGGUCGAAAAUGUGGUGUUUGAUGAGCAUACCAGAGAAGUAGACUACUCAGAUAGAUCUGUAUCAGAGAAUACUCGAGCAGCAUACCCAAUAGAGUACAUUCCUAAUGCCAAAAUACCUUGUGUUGGUCCUCACCCGAAGAAUGUCAUUCUUCUUGCCUGCGAUGCAUUUGGCGUGCUUCCACCAGUGAGCAAACUGAGCUUGGCACAGACAAUGUAUCACUUCAUUAGUGGCUACACUGCUCUGGUGGCAGGAACAGAGGAUGGUAUAAAGGAGCCACAAGCUACAUUCUCAGCCUGUUUUGGAGCAGCAUUCAUAAUGCUCCAUCCUACCAAGUACGCAGCCAUGCUGGCUGAGAAAAUGAAAAAACACGGCGCUACAGGUUGGCUAGUUAACACAGGCUGGUCUGGUGGAAGGUACGGAUCAGGCAACCGUAUCAAACUGGCCUACACCCGAAAAAUCAUCGAUGCCAUCCACUCAGGGAGCCUUCUGAAUGCAGACUAUUCCAAAACUGAAGUGUUCGGGCUCGAAAUCCCUACUGUAGUCGAGGGGGUGCCUUCAGAAAUUCUCGACCCUGUGAACACGUGGUCAGACAAGAAAGCUUACAAUGACAACUUGUUGAACUUGGGUGGUCUGUUCAAGAGGAACUUUGAGGUAUUUUUGAACCACAAGAUUGGAACAGAUAACAAAUUGGCUGAGGAGAUUCUGGCAGCUGGUCCGAGAUUUUAGAUUCAGCAGAAGCAGUCAUGUGAGAACAACAAUAUGAAGAAACAGAAGAUGUAACAAACAGAGAAACGCGCCAAAAUCAAGCUAAAUAUUUUUAAUAAAUGGGAAAUUUUGAGAACAUUCAAUAUUAACUAUAACUGGUACUUGGUGCAUGACAAGCAAAAUUUGUAUUUUUGAUACAUUUUCACAAUUAAGUUGAAUAUGGUCAGUAUUCUUUUUCUCUC